AAUGAUAGGCCUGAUUAGAGGCCGGGAGGGAAACUUCAAACCUUGUAAACAAGAUGGCGGCGCUGCGGCAGCAGAAGCAGCGCCGUCUGUGAGUAUCCGUGUCGGGCCAGACGGUGACGGAAGUGGCGGUCAUCGGGACGUCCCUGGACAGUGCGUUGUGCCGGGAGCAGCAGUCUCUCCUAGACAGCCGCAGCGCGGGGAUGGGGAAGACCCCGGAGGCCCUCAUACCCUUUGUGUGCGGAAUACACAUGCGCAGCUGGACUGAGCAUGCACAGAUACGGCUCUACUUCUUCUUCGCUUUGGGCGCCCUCAAGUGGCAGGCCAAGCGCUCUGCAACUCGCAGCUGGACUCUGCGAGGCGCUGCGGGGCGAGGAUGAGCAGAUGGUGGAAACCCUUCUGCGCUGGGGUGCAGACCCCAACCUCCUCCUGCCAGAGGGAAUCGCCGCUAUCCACUUGGCUGCUGGGAUGGAGCAGGAGAGUGGGAUCCGGUGCCUCGGCCUCAUCCUUCAGCAUGGGGGAGACCCCAAUGUCAGGUCUGUCGAUGAUCUCACUCCGUUGCAUGUUGCGGCUUCGUGGGGCUGCUAUACGUGUCUGAGGUUGCUGCUGAUCGACGGAGGGGACCCCAGGCUACAAGACCAGGAUGGAAACACGGCCAUCGACUUGGCCUCGGAGCAGGGGAACGAGAUGUGUGUUGGUAUCCUACAGGGAUUCCUGGAAAAACUGGGAGAGGAGCAGAAUCUUUUGCUGGCCCAACGGAGAGCGGAGAGUUUUCUCACCACUGUGACUGAAGAUUCCCUGGAAACUGGUGGCAUUUCUCCACUCUUGGAGGAUAAUCCUCAUCCCAAGCUGAUCAGCAGCACUUCAAAGUCCUUUCCAAGCAGAGCUCUCGAUCGUGCAGGGGCAGUCAGCUCCCUCUCUCACCCUGUUGCAUCUGCUCCAAAUGGCCAUCCAAGUUCUUGGACCGCAGGGGAUUUUCAGGAUAAGGGAAUCUGCCUUGAAGAGUCGCUCUCCUGUUCGUACCUUACGGAGGAUUCUCAGGAAUGUAGUACAUUCGGUGAUCAUCUCCAUCUCCAGUCAGUGGUUGCGUCCAGCACUUCCUGUGGAAACCGUGCCUCAAAUCCGUCUGCUGUCUGGGGUAACCCUGUUGUCAAGCCAGCACCCCCCACACUGGAGGCAAACCUCGGCUCAACUCAGUCUCGCUGCUUUGAAAACACUUCAGAUAGCAGAUGUUGUUUGUCUGCUGAUCCAAACAGCACUCUUCCCUGUCCCUCUCUCAUUAACUCUCAAUCAUGGACAUCCAGGGUGAGCCAUAAGGUACCAAACACUACCGAGGAGACCCCAAGGGCUCCAUCCAGCUGUGCAAUUUGGGCUCAGCCUCGAGCAGAUCGCCUUUCCGGAAGGUGGGACGCCGAUGCCACCCUCAACCUUUCUCACUACAAUGGCUUCCUCGACCCAGACCUUGUGGUGAGGACCACUGGCCAGGAGGGACUGGAUGUCACCUCUCCAGAUCACGCCUACCUCUUCUGCCAGCUGAACUCCACAGCCACACUGGACUUGGAAAAGACUGUGGUUGACUCUGCACUUCUUUUGAGGGCAUUUCGGGAUCCAGAUGGAGGUGCUGUGGACAAGAAGUCUUUUAGUAGGACCUCGGAUGGCGGGAGCAUUAGCCGGUACACCUCGUGUGACAGUGACUGCUACAUGAGCAUUGUAGAAGCGCCAGGUCAUAGCAGAACUCAAAUCUGCAAGAAGAGGGAAGGCAGAACGAGCUGUUCUACAUACAGACCUGAUAGUGUUGGUAAUGGCCAGUUGAUGUCACAGACGUACCUAGGCCCAGGUUCUGGUAUGCCGACGUGCGGCUUAGAAGAGCAUGUCGAGAUGCGGUCAGUGACAACCACCAGUUCCCAGGGUGCAAGGCAGCUGCAUGAUGCACUUAGUUUUAGAGAGACCCCUUCCAAGGCAUGCACUGGAAAGCCGGCAUCUGAUCUCUGCAGCCCUCGAAAGAAUGGCUGUCCUGGAAGAACUGGGGAGCUCGGUCUUUCCCCAAAGUCUCAGGAUGUGCUUCCCACAAAGCAUCAUUUGCAACAGAGGGAGGACCAGAGCUGGUCUACGCUGCCAUCAAGAGAGCCCCAAGCAUUCCAGGUUCCGAAGGAUUGUGGAGCAGAGAAUGCAGCUCUUCUGGAAGCUUCCUCUUCCGUGCUUGCUGAGCAAGUUGCAACAGACGGACCUCAUGGUCAAUUCAAAGGAGCUGUGCCUUCUGAAGCAUGGGAAGAGCCUAAUAAGGAGGAAAGGGGAGGGAGGGUGCAAGCAUCAAGCCUCUCUCAGUGCCCCGGAGACAGGGCUCCCCAAGACACGAUGCUUAUCCAGAGGACUCCGGAAGAGCUACAGCCUUGUGCAGGCAGCGAGGGCUCCGACACAGUGGCUGUCCCACACCCCACCCUAGUCUCCAGAGAAGAAGAGUCCACAGAGUUGGAAAUGAGGCUGAGGAUGAUGUUGCUUUCGACCAAGGCCUGCCACUCGCCACCCCCCCAGCCAAGCCUAAGGCCCUGCCACAUCACACCCCGAACCAAAAGCCGCAUGGCCUCGUCAUCCACACGCCGCAGUGGCGGCAGCAGCAGCUCGUCCUCCCUCUUUGAUGAGACCCUGGAGAGCCCCAGGCGCCCCAGGCGAGUGAGAAGCCCUGAAGGGGCAAGACGGACCCCUGUUGUCCUGCCGAACGAGAGCCUCCCGUGCAUGUUAGGAGAGGAGGUCGGCGGCUUGGAUGAAACCCAGUUAAUUGCCCUUGGGCCCAGCAGCUGUAAACAAACCAGCUGCCCAGGAUCCAGUCUGCCGGAUUCAAACAACAGCAGCGGCAACCCAGCCACACUGACACGUUCUGGGGGAGACUGUUGUAGAUGCAGCAACCGACCAGGUGUCAGACUUGGCAGUCUUUGCUCAAGAAAUCUGGAGGUGAGACUUCCCUUGGAGGAACACACAUGUCUGCCAGAAGGUGUGGAGGGGGAUUGGGCAGCCCAAGUAACCCGAGAUGCUGUGCCCGAAGGUUCAGGGGUCAAGCCUAGCAGGCCAAAGAGGCCGCCCAAGCACUCUCGGGUGAGUUUCAGCAGGCUAUCCACCGGAGGACCAUUUUCUGUCCCGGGAGCCACUGUUCAUCCACCUGGAAGGCUGAGCCCCAUCCGCCAGGCAGUCCCGCUGUCGCCCGGUGGCCGGCCUGUGAACCUGAGUGCUGUUGAGCCCGUGGAGUACCUCUACGUGGACGAAGACAAAGGGCACGCCCUCGUCGAGCGGCACAUCCCGUGCACAGAUGACUCUGUUGCUGACACCACCAGUUCGGAAGACACCAUCAUUUACAACUGGCGGGCCUAUGCGAGCCAAGUGGUGGGGCAGGCGACGCAAGAAGGCAGCCCCCUACAGCCGUCCGCAGAGGUGCGCUGCCUCUCGGAUGAAGCCCUGGCCCGGAAGCUGCGGGAUUUUGGCGUCAACCCGGGACCAGUGACAGGCCUCACUCGGAACGUCUACAUGAAGCUGCUGGAAAAGCUGAUGAGCGACCCCAAGACCAAGUCCCGGAAGGGCUCUGCAGGCUACAGCUCAGAACUUUCUUCUGCCCUGGAAACAUACCAGAUCCCAGACGGCAAAGAUGACGAGAUGGCCUUGUCUCAGCAGUUUGACCAGCCAGACAAGAGCAGAAAGUGGAGGGAAGGCUUGUUGAAAUCCAGCUUCAAUUACCUGCUCUUGGAUCCCAGGGUCACCCAGAACCUGCCCUUCCGCUGCCAGUACACCAGCCGGGCGGAAUGCUUCCGGACUUUCAUCAGCGCCAUCUUCUACGUGGGCAAAGGGAAGCGGUCCCGGCCAUACUGUCACCUCUACGAAGCCUUGACCCACUACAAGGAGGGCCGGACAAAGCGGGGAGGCCAGGUUUGUUCCAAAGUGCAGCACAUCCUGGAGAUCUGGGCAAGCGGACAGGGGGUCGUCUCCAUGCACUGCUUCCAGAACGUCAUCCCGGUGGAAGCCUACACGCGCGAGGCCUGCAUGGUGGAUGCCAUCGGGCUGAAGAUGCUGACUAAUCAGAAGAAGGGGAAUUACUACGGUGUCGUGGCCGGCUGGCCUAUGAAACGGCGCCGGUGCCUGGGCAUCCACCUCUUGCACCGAGCCAUGGAGAUCUUCCUGGCAGAAGGGGAGCGGCAUCUGCGCCCCACAGACAUCCGCGCAGGCCAGUGACGGGGCACUCCUUGUCUGUUUGCUGGCCCUCUGAGCUGCAUGCAAAUUCCUCAGCGUUUGGAUCAAGUCGGUUCUUGGCUACAUUGCAGUCAGCCGUUGCAGUCAGUCAAAAAGAGCCCUAACAGCCAGGCUUGUGCUUGGGAGCUUGCCUGUGGAGUAGGACUCUCUUACCCAUUGGUUUAAGGGAAUGUCCAAGUUCUGUGGGACUGCUUGCCACUGUAUCCCUGGUGCUGGGACACAUUUUAAUCAUUAGUAAUGGUAAUUACAUUCUUGUACAGUAUUCGUAGUCGUGACACAAUGGGAGUUGUGUUGCCUGUCUGCCCUCCAGGGAAGGGCUAACUAGCUUGGAUCUUGGGAAUACAGGGCAUCUCUUUCUCACCCUUCACUCCUCCCAUUUGCCAAUCACUGCUUUCCGAGUUCUGGCUAUGCUUGAAGGGGAACUUGUAGGAAUGACUGUAGGGUUAUUGGAUUUUGAGCAGUGCAGGCCUUCAGAAGAGGAAGAGACUAGCCUUCCUGCAUUCUAAGAAAUGAAUUUUUAGUGGAGACACAGGCUAAAUGUUCAUCUUUUCUUCUUAACAGGUUCUCUCUUGCUGUGUGGCACAAGGGAGCCAUUCUCGAGAACACUUUUAUAUGUGGUGAUGGAAUUUCGCCUUUUAUUCAUACUGAAUACUUUUUGUAUUAAGACAACUGGAUUUCUGUGUAGAGUAGCCAGUAGAUCUGAAUGUUAUUAUCCUGGCCAGAACAAGGUGAAUAUAAAGGAAAAUAAACAUUGUAUGGUCAGGUUUUUUUUAAUUUCUCCGA